UUAUAAUAAAAAAUACCAGUUAUCAUGUGCAAAGCAGACGUUUUAGUCGUUUCGGUUGUUGCGAUUGUUUGUGCGAGCGUAGCGCCAGGGCUCGCACGGCGCUCUCCAAACGCAGACUUAAUAGAAGAGUACUAUGUUAAAGGCCCCGAAGCUGGACGUUAUUCUAACAACCUUCUGGAGGAUGCUAUGCUUGAUGUGCCUGGUUUGAUAGCAAAAUAUGGAUAUCCAAUAGAGAUACAUAAUGCAAUCACAGAAGAUGGUUAUAUUCUCGAACUUCACCGUAUUCCUCAUGGUCGUGACGAAAAUAAUGUUCCCGAUCCAAGAAAACCAGUAGUUUUAGUUCAACACGGACUCUGCUCAUCAUCUGCUGAUUUUGUUGUCAUGGGUCCAGGAACAGCUUUAGCCUACGUGUUUGCCGAGGCUGGAUUUGAUGUAUGGCUUGGAAAUGCACGUGGAAAUUAUUAUUCUAGAAGACACUUGACUUUGGAUCCAGACUAUAAACCCGAUACAGGGCGAAAUGAUUUUUGGACGUUCAGUUGGGAAGAGAUAGGGAGUAAAGACUUGCCCGCUAUGAUUGACUACAUUUUAGCAAUAACAGGAAAACCUGGCUUGCAUUAUGUAGGCCAUUCUCAAGGAACCACGGUAUUCUUUGUGAUGGGAUCUUUACGUCCAGAAUACAACAAUAAAAUAAUUUCUAUGCAAGCUUAUGCUCCUGUCGCUUACAUGGAACAUAACACAAAUCCUAUACUUGGUGCUUUAGCACCAUACGCAAAUAGCAUAGAGGUUCUAGCCAGUAUAUUCGGAAUAGAUGAAAUCUUGUCUAAAAGUCCAUUUUAUGCAUGGAUUGGAAAUAAAUUCUGUUCUGAUGAAGCUAUUUCACAGAUCGUUUGUUCCCAUCUUUUGUUCUUGAUCGGCGGAAGAAGUGAAGAGUUACAUAACGCGACAAUGUUACCGCUUAAGUUGGCACAUACUCCAGCAGGCAUUUCAUUACGACAACUUGCACAUUACGGUCAACAUAUCCAUAAAGGUUAUUUUAGGCGGUACAACUAUGGCCCUAUUUCGAAUUUAAUUGUGUAUGGGUCUUUCCAACCUCCUCUUAUCGAUUUGUCACUGGUUACUGCACCAGUUUUUCUGCACUAUGCCGAAGUAGAUCCAUUUGCAGCUUUGCCUGAUGUUGACAGAUUAUGGAGAGAACUGGGCCGACCGAUACAAAAAAUUCUAGUUCCUCAUAGAACAUUUAGUCAUGUUGAUUUCAUGUGGGGAACAGAAGCUAAAAGUUUACUUUAUGAUAAAACAAUUAAUAUAUUGAGAUCUAUUGAAGAUUUAUAAGGUCAUAAAUUCAGAAUAUCAUAAUUUUAAAUUUAACUUAAUAAACCUAAAUAAUUUGUAUUGUGA